AUGUACAAGGAUAAAUACGAUCAUCAGUUCAAUGAUUUGAAGAUUUCCCUCUUACGGUGUUCUCGUUUCAAGUCCAUAUGGAUUGUUUCAUGUUUAUUUCUUCUUGUUUUUGUCUACAUAGUUUAUCAAGUUCAAUAUAAAACUGGUAUAGAGCUAAUAUCGUUUAUUCCAAUUGACGACAGUGGUUUUGAAUUGUACGAUGAGAGCCAUUUGAAUUAUGCAGAAGUGAGCAAAGCUGCUAAAGAGCAACGAAAACAGGGAUCUUUACUAUGUUGGAUAAUGACGACAACAAGUUACCAUCAUACAAGAGUGAAAGCCAUGAAUAGCACAUGGCCUAGUCGUUGUGACUCGUACCAUUUCCUGACUAACGGUGAUAGAUUUCUGGAUGACACCGUACCCUACCACACUAUAUUUCGAUUUUUACCUCAAAGCUAUUACAAACUAUUUUGGAAAACACGUUUAGCUCUUCUUUAUGUAUUUAAAAAUAUAUCUUCCGAGUUUGAUUGGUAUUACAAGGCUGAUGACGACACGUAUGUGGUUGUAGAUGUUCUGAGAAAAUACCUGCAGAACUUUGAUCCUAAUCUACCCCACUUUAUAGGUUUUCGGCUGAAGAGAAGAGCGAAAGAGCAUGGUUAUAAUGCAGGAGGUAGUGGUUAUGUUAUGAGCAGAGCAGCCAUGGAGAUCUUCGCAGAAAAAUUAUAUACUAAUAAGACCUUGUGUGGUUAUCAUGAGUGGGAAGAUUACGCUAUCGCUCGGUGCCUUUCUUCCGUGUCUAUCUAUCCCACUGAUAGCCGCGACAGUUUUGGACGACAAAGGUUUCUACCUUGGAGACCUGAACAACAUUAUUUUGCUGAUUUAACUCCUUCAUUCCUUAUGGAUGAUAUUGAACAUAUGGGAUCUUCAAUAUUUCAUCCGAAUCUCGUUGCAAUGCAUCAUCUGUCUCCUGAUGAGAUCCGACUCAUUCACGGUUUGCUUUACGGUGUUGCACCUGGUAUUUAUGAUCUUCCUAAGUGA